AAAAAUUCCAAGACUGCUUUGAUGCGGAGAGUGCAGCGCAUCACUCCAGGUGGUGGCGGCGGUGCGGAGCAUCUGAGGCGCACGGCGACAGCUGUCACCAGCUAUAUUCCAUUUGGAUAGCCCUGCCUAAAGAUGGCCGAAUACAAUAUCACAUCAGCGUCUGAGGAAGCGAACGCGUCUUUCCCUCGGCCCCACAUGACGGACCACAACGCCAGCAUGUCCAAUGUGAUGGAGCCGCUGCCCUUCCGCGUCAUCAUGGGGAUCGUCUACAGCGUCGUCUUCAUCGUGGGUCUCCUCGGCAACUCGCUGGCCAUCUUCGUGGUGAUCCGCUACACCAAGAUGAAGACAGUGACCGACAUGUACAUCUUCAAUUUAGCCGUGGCGGAUGAACUCUACAUUUUAGGAAUCCCCUUCAUCGCUACCAACAGUGUCCUUUACUACUGGCCCUAUGGGGAUUUUUUCUGCAAGGUGUGCAUGACGGCAGACGCCAUGAGCCAGUUCAUGUCGACCUUUUGCCUGACGGUGAUGAGCAUCGAUCGCUACCUGGCGGUGGUCCAUCCCAUCCGCAGCGCCACGUGGAGGAGGCCGCAGGUGGCCAAGAUUUUCAGCGGCAUGCUGUGGGUUGUGUCCUUUCUGGUCGUGCUGCCCGUCACCAUCUUCUCACACGUUCAGGAGGGCUUCAACACCUGCAACAUCACGUGGCCCGAGAUGCAGAACUGGUGGUCUGUUGUUUUUAUCCUCUACACAUCCAUCCUAGGCUUCUUCGGACCGCUGCUGGUCAUUAGCAUCUGCUACUUGCUCAUUGUCAUCAAGGUGAGGUCGGCAGGCGUGCGGGCGGGCGUGACCAAGCGGCGUAAGUCGGAGCGGAAGGUGACCCGCAUGGUGGUGAUCAUUGUGCUGGUCUUUGUACUUUGUUGGAUGCCCUUUUUCACGACCAACAUUGUCAACCUGGUCCACAUCAUCCCCGAGAACAAUGCCACAGCGGCGGUCUACUUCUUCCUCGUCACCCUCACCUAUGUGAACUCCUGCGCCAACCCCAUUCUCUACGGCUUCCUCUCCGACAAAUUCAGACAGAGCUUUCAGAAGGUGCUCUGUUUGCACAAACCCAAAGGGGGUGUUGCCUCUGGAAACCUGAGGGAAGCCCAACAGGCCGCACCCAACGACAAGCCGGCGGCCAACCACGAUCCGCUUUUCCCAGCCGGGAAUCCGAACCACAAUGGAAAAAUACGGAACAGCCAGUGCGUCCAGAUGGAGGCCGCUGGAAAACCUGACAAUGACUCUUCAGUGGCAUUGAAUGGUCAGUCAAUGCCGUGAGAUGAUGCGACACGAUGGCCCCAUGCCAAACGGAAGUGCCACCGUUUCAACCUGGACCUCAGACUGAUGAGAAUUUCAUUGCACAAUAACUCUCACCCGGAUAGAAUUCAGUUCUUUAUCUUUGUAGUGUUCGGCAAGGCUGUUCGGAUCAAAUUCUUGAUGGAGAACCUCUGCAAAGGGGAAAAUGUGGUCAUGUUUAAAAUUCGACGAGUUCAAAUGUGCUGCCUCAGAUGCCCUUUUUUUUGUUUUAGUUUAGGUAUUUUUCUAUUCACUGGAAGAGUCAAAAAGGGCAAUUAAUCUGUGACCAAGAGCAGUAUUUUUGUAUGAUGUUCAUUCGUCAGAGUUUUACGUGUUAAAUUUUCAUUUCAAUUUAAAACUGUACAAGUGUUUCUUAGUCUGAUUGAGAAAUAAAUUAUGCUGCAGUGGAAAGCCCUGUGCA